AAUCUGGUUCCGCACCAAUUGGACUCGGCACCCGGGACCUCGGACUUUGUUCAGCAGCUUCGGUUCGGUCCCCGCCCGUGUGGUUGAUCCCCACGGUUACGGAUAAGGUUUACCGGCUCUUUUAAGGAGCUGUGCAGACGCUGUGGGCGGAGCCUGUCGCAGCUUCCGUUGGCAGAGCGAGCGGCGAGGAUGGCGGCGUUUGCAGAGAUGGGUGUUAUGCCGGAAAUUGCCCAGGCUGUAGAGCAGAUGGACUGGCUUCUACCAACAGAUAUCCAAGCGGAGUCCAUCCCUUUGAUUCUGGGUGGUGGUGAUGUGCUUAUGGCAGCAGAAACUGGCAGUGGCAAGACUGGCGCUUUCAGCAUACCUGUUAUACAGAUUGUAUAUGAAACACUCAAGGACCAGGAAGAAGGCAAGAAAGGGGGAAAAUCAUCUGUCAAGACUGGUGGUGCAGUGUUCAGCAAAUGGCAAAUGAAUCCUUAUGAUAGAGGAUCAGCCUUUGCUAUUGGAGCUGAUGGACUGUGCUGCCAAAGCAGGGAAGUAAAAGAAUGGCAUGGAUGCAGAUCCACAAAGGGAGUGAAAAAGGGUAAAUAUUACUAUGAAGUGAGUUGUCAUGACCAAGGCUUGUGUAGAAUUGGAUGGUCUACGAUGCAGGCUUCACUGGAUUUAGGUACUGACAAAUUUGGUUUUGGCUUUGGUGGCACUGGAAAGAAGUCCCACUGCAAACAGUUUGAGAGUUAUGGAGAAGAGUUUACCAUGCACGAUACCAUUGGAUGCUACAUUGAUCUUGAUGCAGGAUCUGUAAAAUUUUCAAAAAAUGGUAAGAAAGACCUUGGUCAUGCUUUUGAUAUUCCUUCACAUCUAAAGAACCAAGCUUUCUUUGCCUCUUGUGUCUUGAAGAAUGCUGAGCUCAAAUUUAACUUUGGUGAAGAAUUCAAGUUCCCUCCAAAAGAUGGUUUUCAAGCAUUAGACAAGGCAUCUGAUGGUCAUGUUGUAAAGUCACAGCAUACUGGCACUGCACUCGUGGGUCAAGUUAAAAACUUACCAAACGCUCCUAAAGCUCUCAUUAUUGAACCAUCUAGGGAGUUGGCAGAACAAACACUCAAUAAUGUCAAGCAAUUCAAGAAAAAUAUUGCUGAUCCCAAGCUAAGGGAACUCCUAAUUAUUGGUGGUGUGUCUGCAAAAGAUCAGCUAUCUAUCCUGGAGCAAGGAGUGGAUAUUGUUGUUGGAACUCCAGGAAGAAUAGAUGAUCUUGUCUCGACAGGAAAACUAAGUCUGUCCCAAGUUAGGUUCUUGGUGCUAGAUGAAGCUGAUGGAUUGCUUACACAAGGAUAUUCUGACUUCAUUACAAGAAUACAUUCUCAGAUCCCUCAAAUAACAUCUGAUGGCAAGAGAUUGCAGGUAAUUGUUUGCUCUGCCACACUACAUUCAUUUGAUGUUAAGAAGCUCUCAGAGAAAAUCAUGCAUUUCCCAACCUGGGUAGACCUGAAAGGAGAAGAUUCUGUUCCUGAAACCGUACAUCAUGUUGUUCUUCGAGUUAAUCCAAAAACAGAUCGUCAUUGGGAGAAACUUGGACGACAUAUCCGGACAGAUGAAGUUCAUGCAAAAGAUAAUACAAGACCUGGUGCCAAUUCUGCUGAGAUGUGGUCUGAAGCUAUUAAAAUACUAAAGGGUGAAUAUACUGUACGUGCAAUCAAAGAACACAAGAUGGAUCAAGCAAUCAUUUUUUGCAGGACAAAGAUUGACUGUGAUAACAUGGAACAAUAUUUUAUUCAGAUGGGAGGAGGUCCAGACAGAAAGGGACAUCAGUUCUCUUGUGUUUGUUUGCAUGGUGAUAGAAAGCCAAAUGAAAGAAAGCAAAACUUGGAAAGGUUCAAGAAAAUGGAUGUGAGAUUCCUGAUCUGUACUGAUGUUGCUGCCAGAGGAAUUGACGUUCGUGGUGUUCCUUUUGUAAUUAAUGUGACCCUUCCUGAUGAAAAACAAAACUACGUUCAUCGGAUUGGACGAGUGGGAAGAGCUGACAGAAUGGGUUUAGCCAUUUCCUUGGUGGCAACUGAGAAGGAAAAGGUUUGGUAUCAUGUCUGUGGAACUCGUGGAAGAGGUUGCUAUAACACCAGGCUGAAGGAUCAAGGUGGAUGUACCAUAUGGUACAAUGAAAUGCAGUUGUUGACUGACAUUGAAGAGCACUUAAACGUCAUCAUCUCUCAAGUUGAGCCUGACCUAAAAAUUCCAGUGGAUGAAUUUGACGGUAAAGUAGUCUAUGGACAAAAAAGAGCAUUAGGAGGUGGCCAGUACAAGGGUCAUGUUGAUGCUUUGGCACCUUCAGUACAAGAGCUGGCUGCUCUUGAAAAGGAGGCUCAAUCCUCUUUCUUACAUUUUGGCUAUCUUCCCAACCAACUGUUCAGGCGCUUUUGAUUGCAACAUGCGCCUUAAUUUAGUUCAGCAAAGAAACUGACAAGUAACUAAAGAAGCUUGAAGAUGUUUAUUACUGCAAAAUGACAUCUAGAAAUUGUUAACAAUCACGAGGGUCUGCACGUUGACCUCUGUUUCAGAGCUUGACAGUUUUUACACCGAUCUAAUGUGACAAUGAAAUAUCAGA